CAACACCUUCCAAACACGCGUUUAAAAAGAAAUACUGUUCUCGAUUAAUUUCUUUCGUUUUUCUUUAUUCAUUCCAUUUCCGUUUUCGUUUGGGUGCGUUGAGUAGGUGAAUUUCGGACUAAAGGUAUACUUUCUUUUUUAAGACUUUUUGAAGAGAAAGGUUCAUGAUUGUUUCGUUUUUAUCUUGUUUUUGGAGAGAAAUUUGCCAUUAAACGCGAGGAUAUUUCCUUUCUGUUCGAAACACCUGUCCUCUAUUGCUCGUACACCAUUAUAUAUCUAUAUAUCUAUAUAUAGAUUUUUUAUUUUUUAUUCUUUUUAUUCUUUUGUGUGCUAUUUUUUAAAAAUUUCUUUCCCUUCUUUUUGUUUAAAACACCAUUAAAAUGGCUCAAGCAAAUGAGGACAAAUCUAUGAAAAACCUGUACGAGCCUCCUUGGAGACGUAUACGAUUCAUAGGGAUUGCAGGCCCUUCUGGAAGUGGGAAAACUUCAGUAGCUCGAUUAAUUGUGAAAGCAUUGAAUUUACCCAACGUGGUGAUUUUAUCCUUGGAUUCCUUUUACAAGCCUUUGACCAUCGAGCAAAAACAACAGGCUUUCCGAAACGAAUAUGAUUUUGACGCCCCAGAAGCCAUUGACUGGAGUUUGUUGUACAGUGUGUUACUGGAGCUGAAACGAGGUCGUAAAGUUGACAUUCCUAUAUACAGUUUCCACGAACAUGAUCGUCUUCCUGAAACUUCCACCUUGUUUGGUGCAAGUAUUAUAGUUUUGGAGGGAAUCUUUGCAUUAUACGAUGAAAGAGUUCGCUCUCUUCUUGACGUCUCUGUCUUCCUUGAGACUGAUUCAGAUGUUUGCUUGUCUCGUAGAUUGAAUAGAGAUAUCAAUUACCGUGGUCGUGAUAUUCGAGGUGUCCUUCAUCAAUAUGAUCGCUUCGUCAAACCGAGCUAUGAUAAUUUUGUACGGAAGCAAUCACUAUAUACAGAUAUAAUUGUUCCUCGUGGUCGUGAUAACAAAGUGGCCAUUGAAAUGGUAAUCAAAUUUAUUAAAAGAACUUUGUCUGUCCAAAGUCAAAGCCACCGAGAAAACAUCGACUCUUUACAGCAGAUCGUUCCUACCAUUCCAAAUUUACCUUUAAAUCUUGUUCAGCUCCGGCAAACUCCUGAGAUUGAAGCUAUAAAGACCAUACUGGUAAACAAAGAAACGGAUGCAGAUAAUAUGCAAUUUUAUUUAAGCCGCAUAGGAACAAUGCUGAUGAAUUUGGCCGGCGACUCUUUAAUUUAUGAAGAAAAAGUUAUUACCCUUCAUAAUGGAAAUACAUGGAAAGGAUUGCAUUUAGCAAAAGAGCUUUGCGGUGUUUCUGUUUUGGGGUCUGGUGGUACUCUAGAAACAGCUCUCUGUCGCCAAUAUCCUAACGUACGAUUAGGGAAAGUCCUUGUUCGCGUUAAUCAAAUCACCAAUGAACCAAGCCUACAAUAUCAUAAACUUCCCCGAGGUAUUGCUGGAACCAAUGUAAUUCUCAUAGCUUCCCAAUUGACUACCAGCACGGACGUAUUGAUGGCAACUCAAAUCUUAGUUGACUUUGGUGUACCAGAAGAAAACAUUAUUAUUGUAGUUUACGUGUCAUUUGUUGAAAGCAUCAAGACACUGGCUUUUAUAUUUCCCAAAGUCACAAUUGUUACAGGAUUUUUGGAGACUGCUGAGGAAGCAGUAAUGGGUAAGUUAAAUUUAGAAAAGACGUUUUAUGGAUGUUAGGUUUUAUACAAUGAAUAUGGUUGGAGGUAAAUAUAUCAUGUAUUAUCGCAUAUAGUAGAAUGAAAGUUUGUGGAUUAUGGCGU